CCGCCGGGGCCCAGCGCCGCGCCAGUCAGCAGGACCCGACCCGUGGCCGGGGGCCUCUUCCUCCGCUCCACCGGCCUGCCGGGGCUGCGCGGAGCGGGAAUGGCCUCCGGGAGCGGUGUGGAGGGGGAGGCAGUCAGCGGGGCUCAGCUCAUCGCUGAGUCCCUCAAGGCUCAAAAUGUUGAAUACAUGUUUGGCAUUGUUGGUAUUCCAGUCACUGAAAUCGCGAUUGCAGCCCAAGCAGUUGGAAUAAAAUACAUAGGAAUGAGAAAUGAACAAGCUGCCUGUUAUGCUGCAUCUGCUGUUGGAUAUUUGACUGGCAGGCCAGGAGUGUGUCUUGUAGUGUCCGGUCCAGGGUUUUUACAUGCCCUUGGAGGGAUGGCAAAUGCAACCAUGAACUGCUGGCCUUUGAUUGUUAUUGGAGGCUCUUCUGACAGGAAUCAGGAAACCAUGGGAGCUUUCCAAGAAUUCCCACAGGUUGAAGCUGGUAGGCUGUACAACAAACUGUCGGUCCGCCCAAGUAGCCUGGAAGUUAUUCCUGCUGUCAUUGAAAAGGCUGUAAGAACCAGCAUAUAUGGCCGUCCGGGGUCCUGCUAUAUUGACAUACCUGGGGAUUUUGUAAAUCUCCAGGUGAACAAGAGCUCUGUCAAGUAUGUGGAAUGCUGCCUGCCACCUCCUAUCAGCACGGCUGAAUGUGCUGCUGUCUCUGAAGCAGCAUCUAUCAUUGCUCAUUCCAAGCAGCCUCUGCUAAUCAUUGGCAAAGGUGCUGCGUAUUCACAUGCUGAAAACAAUGUCAGAAAGCUGGUGGACCUUUGUGGACUGCCUUUUUUGCCUACACCAAUGGCAAAAGGAGUAGUUCCUGAUAACCAUCCUAAUUGUGUAGCUGCAGCAAGAUCAACGGCGUUACAGCAUGCUGAUGUAAUCAUCUUGCUUGGUGCAAGGUUGAAUUGGAUUUUGCAUUUUGGUCUUCCGCCAAGGUUUCGUCGAGAUGUCAAGGUUAUUCAGGUUGAUAUUUGUGCAGAAGAGCUGGGGAAUAAUGUGAAGCCAUCUGCAAUUUUAUUAGGAGACAUAAAUGCUGUGACUAAGCAGCUCUUAGAAGAAUUUGUCAAAAGGCCAUUGAAAUAUCCUUCUGAUUCAGAGUGGUGGAAGAAACUAAGAGAGAAAAUAAGGAACAAUGAGGAAAGAUCUAAGGCAUUAGCAUCACAGAAAUCCCUGCCUAUGAACUAUUACACAGUCUUUCAUCACAUCAGAGAACUGAUACCCAAGGACUGCAUCUUAGUAAGUGAGGGAGCAAACACCAUGGACAUUGGGCGAACUAUGCUUCCUAAUUACUAUCCCCGCCAAAGGCUUGAUGCAGGUACUUUUGGAACGAUGGGAGUCGGGCUGGGUUUCGCCAUAGCAGCUGCAAUGGUAGCUAAAGACCAAACACCUGCAAAGCGAGUCAUCUGCAUAGAAGGAGACAGUGCUUUUGGAUUUUCUGGGAUGGAACUGGAGACUAUUUGCAGAUACAACUUGCCUAUCCUGAUUAUCGUAGUAAACAACAACGGGAUUUACACUGGUUUGGAUGAGGAUGCCUGGAAGCAGAUGUUGACAUUUGGAGAUCAUGCUACAUGUGUACCUCCUGUUUCUCUCCUGCCAAAUUCACACUAUGAAGAAAUUAUGUCUGCCUUUGGAGGUAAAGGAUACUUUGUUAAGACACCAGCAGAAUUGCAGAAUGCUCUGAAAGCAAGUGUGGCUGACAAGCAAACACCUUCUCUUAUAAACAUAAUGAUUGAUCCACAGUCUGAAAGAAAGAAACAGGAAUUUCCCUGGCUGACCCGUUCUAACCUGUAGUAGGUGAAGAAGAUAAUGGUGGUGCAAGGCAGUGUUAAGCAAAACUAAAUUGGUUUCCAGAGGUUGAACUGGUACAACUAUAUUUUACAUAAACAUUGGAACAAAGUGGGACUUAGAAUUACUGUUGUAGGAAUCUUUAUAUGCUGAAAUUAAGUAAUUGAAAAAUGAAAAAGACACCAGACCUUCUAGCAAACUGUACAACAACACUUUUCAUAAAACGAAAUGUUGUUUUUCUUUCAUUCAGAGUCAUACUCGUCAAGAUUUAGGAAUUAAAAUCUUGGAUGUUCUGGACAAAGAGAGUAAAUUGAGGGUUUUAUGCUGACUGAAACAGAAGUCUUUGGCAGUCUGCAGUUUUAGUAGCUUCAUUUUUAACCAGCCACCAGCAUGCUGCUUGUUAGAGACUUUAUCUUGUAAGGACCAAAGCAAAGCAUCUCAUUGUGAAAAAGCGCUGGUUGGCCUCAUUAUACAUUGAAGUCUAUUGGAUUAAUAUUUUCUUCAUAAUUUUACAUAUUGCUGUUCCAGGUUCUACUACAAGUAGAAGCAAUGUAUUAAAAAUGCAGACUUACUCAAGGGCUGAGUUGCUCUGUUGCAUUUGGGUUUGUUAAAGGGACUUACUGAAAUCUUUGCAAAGGCACUGUCAUCCCUGUGUGCUGAAUACAGGGCUGGAUUCAUUAGUGAGAUUUCCAGGACUAACAGAGCAUAAAUCUUUAUAAUGAGAAGGAUUUUGAAAAAAGCAACAUCAACAAAAGAACAAAACAAACAAACCCCCCCAAAAAAACCCUGACCAGAACAAAAAGAACAAAGUGUUAGGCUGGAGCUUAUUGUUCAGUUUGGCUAACAUCACAAAGCAGCCACCAGCAUUCAUGCUGUGGCUGGCUAAUUGUGCAACAAAGGUUCUUCAUAUAAUGGACUUACUACAUAGAAAUUUAGUGCUCAACUCGUGCAGACUGUGGUGCAGAAUUACCAUUUAAAGCUGAUGAUUGAUCUGCCUGAGGUUCUAUCUAGUAUGUUUGCAUCUGACAUUCUGACUUAGAGCUUAGACUUUCUAAGUGAAGUCAUUUUCUCUUUAUGCUUCUGUCAUGGCCUACAGCAACUACUAUUCUCUAUAUUACUAAACAGUUUACUUUACAUUUAUGUCCAUUCUUAAAUAGACUGUGAGGUUGGGAUCUUGUCACUGAUCUUGUUUCAUUCUUCUUUUUAACUCUCAAAAUUUGAUUUUAAUAUGUUGCACUGAUUGAACGUGAUCCAUUAUGAUGAUGUAAAAUAGCUGAAAGAGUUACUGCUGGGGCAGACCACAAGGGAGAUCAUUUGUAUUGGAUAAGCAAAUGCAGAAAUUAUUGAUUUCUAUUUGAAAAUUAAUAAAAAGCUAUUUUUGUGCUGUU